AUGUUGAUAUCCGCGAAGAUGUGGAAUGAACGAUACUUGAACAUUGCAGGGAGUGUAAUAUCGAGAGAAACUCUCCCAAAAUUCAGAUCUUCACGCAGAAAUACAGGACAUCACCAAAAGAGAAAGAAAAAAAAUUUCGAGCCAUUUUUGUGUAAUUCAGAAGUUCCAGGAAGUUUCGAGCAACACAUUGGCAAUCCUAGUCGAAGAAAGCUCAGAAAUUUUGAGAAAGUGUUGUUCUCAGCUGUCCUCUUUGGCGGGGGGAGGGUGGUGAGGGUGGUUUUCUUGAAAGUGCACAUGUUCAGAUAUGGUCUGUCUGUACCAAGUGUCAUCUCUCCUGAGUUGCAUCUACCAAACCCCCGAUACGAUGCUUAUGCCAGAACCAGCACAAUGACAUUACCAACUGCCACACCAACAAUAAGUGGAAUCCUACUCCUUUUCAUUCCACUAAUCACACCACUAUGGGCUUAUUCGCAAGCCAUAAAGCAAUCAAUAGAAGCAAUGAUCGGUAAAUUGGAGAGCUGGCAUCUAGAAUAG